AUGUCUACAUCUGCUGAUAAGAAGGGACUGGUCUUAGAGAAUACCGGUCGUAGAGAUGCAUUGAUUGCCAUUGAAAAGAAAUAUCAAAAAUUAUGGGCUGAAGAACAUCUCUUUGAGCUCGAUGCUCCGUCAAUUGAUGACGAGCCAAUCACGAUGGAUUCUGAAGAAUUACAUAAGAAAUAUCCAAAAUUCAUGGCAUCCAUGGCCUAUCCAUAUAUGAAUGGUGUUCUUCAUGCAGGGCACUGUUUCACACUAUCCAAAGUUGAGUUUUCUGUUGGUUUUGAAAGGAUGAAUGGUAAGAAAGCAUUGUUUCCUUUGGGUUUCCACUGUACAGGUAUGCCAGUUUUAGCCUGUGCUGAUAAGUUGAAAAGAGAAAUAGAGAUGUUUGGACCAAACUUCUCUGAUAAUGUUCCACCAGAGACAGAAGACGUUGCAGAGAAAAAGGUAGAAAAGAAAGAAUCUGAGGAUGUGACCAAGUUCAAGGCUAAAAAAUCAAAAGCUGCUGCAAAACAGGGUCGUGGAAAAUAUCAGUUUGAGAUUAUGUUACAGUUAGGUAUCCCAAGGGAACAAGUUAGUAAAUUCGCUGAUGCAAAUUAUUGGUUGACCUAUUUCCCACCACUGUGCCAAAGUGACUGUUCUAGUCUUGGCUCUCGUAUUGACUGGAGACGUUCUUUCAUUACAACUGAUGUAAAUCCUUACUAUGAUUCAUUUAUCAGAUGGCAAAUGAACAGAUUAAAGGAUGCUGGAAAGAUUAAGUUCGGUGAACGUUACACGAUUUACUCUGAAAAAGAUGGUCAAGCGUGUAUGGAUCAUGAUAGACAAUCCGGGGAAGGUGUUACCCCCCAGGAAUACAUUGGUAUCAAAAUCGAAGCUACGGAGUUCGCUCCAGAGGCUAAAAAAAUCGUUGAAACUUGCGAAGCUCUUGACAAAUCGAAGAGAUUUUACUUUGUGGCAGCAACUUUGAGACCAGAAACAAUGUAUGGACAAACGUGUUGCUUUGUGUCACCAAAAAUUGAUUAUGGUAUUUUUGAUGCUGGUGAUUCUUAUUAUAUCACAACGCAGCGUGCCUUCAAAAAUAUGUCUUAUCAGAAAUUGACUCCAAAGAGGGCUGAUUAUAAUGCAAUCACUACUAUUUCUGGUAGGUCUUUUAUUGGCACGAAGAUUCACGCCCCAUUGACGCCGUACAAAGAACUAAGAAUUCUACCUAUGGAUACAGUUAUUGCCACAAAAGGUACUGGUGUCGUUACAUGUGUUCCAUCAAACUCACCAGAUGAUUUCAUGACUUCCAAAGAUUUGAAAAACAAACCUGAAUAUUAUGGAAUCAAGGCAGAAUGGAUUGAUCAUGAACCUAUUCCAAUCAUUCAUACUGAGAAAUAUGGUGAUCUAAUUGCUAAAGCAAUUUGUGAGGAGAAAAAGAUUCAAUCUCCAAAGGACACUGUUUUACUUGCUGAUGCCAAGAAACUUGCAUAUAAAGAAGAUUUUUACUCUGGUACAAUGAUCUACGGUAAAUACAAGGGAGAGAAAGUUGAGGUAGCUAAAAACAAAGUCAAGCUCGACCUAAUUGCAUCUGGUGAUGCCUUUGUGUAUAACGAGCCAGAGUCCCUAGUGGUGUCUCGUUCUGGUGAUGAGUGUAUUGUUUCAUUAGAAGAUCAAUGGUAUGUUGACUAUGGUGAGAAGCAAUGGAAAGAACAGGCUUUUGAGUGUUUAGAUGGCAUGCAACUAUUUGCACCAGAGGUCAAAAAUGCUUUUGAAGGUGUCUUGGAAUGGUUGAAAAACUGGGCGGUUUGUCGUACUUACGGUUUAGGUACCAAAUUACCAUGGGAUCCAAAGUACUUGGUCGAAUCUCUGUCUGACUCUACGAUUUAUCAAGCCUUUUAUACCAUUGCUCAUUUAUUAUUCAAAGACUAUUAUGGUAAUGAGAUCGGCCCAUUGGGAAUCAAACCUGAUCAAAUGACGGACGAUGUUUAUGAUUUCAUAUUCCAACAUAAGGACAGAAUUACUUCUGACAUUCCUGUAGAGAGUCUACAGAGGUUGAGAAGAGAAUUCGAAUAUUUCUACCCAUUGGAUGUCUCCAUCUCUGGUAAGGAUUUGAUUCCAAACCAUUUAACCUUUUUCAUCUAUACUCAUGUAGCAUUAUUCCCAAAGAAAUUCUGGCCAAAGGGUAUCCGAGCAAACGGACAUUUAAUGUUGAAUAAUGCGAAGAUGUCCAAAUCCACUGGUAAUUUCAUGACUCUAAAGCAGAUUGUCGAGAAAUUCGGCGCUGAUGCUUCACGUAUUGCUCUUGCGGAUGCAGGUGACACUGUUGAAGAUGCGAACUUUGAUGAAUCUAACGCCAAUGCCGCAAUUUUAAGACUUUACAACCUAAAAGAAUGGGCUGAAGAAAUCAUGAAGGAUAGUGAUAAAUUAAGAACAGAUGAACUCAGCGAUUUCUUUGAUAUUGCUUUUGAAAAUGAAAUGAACUCAUUAAUCGAACAAACCUAUAAGCAGUAUGAAUUAACUAACUAUAAGAAUGCUUUGAAGUACGGUCUAUUUGAUUUCCAAGCUUCCAGAGAUUAUUACCGUGAGUCAACCGUUGUUAUGCACAAGGAUUUAGUACUUCGUUAUAUUAAAGAACAGGUUUUGCUGCUAGCUCCAAUUGCUCCACAUUUCGCUGAGUACGUUUACCGUGAAGUUCUUGGCAACAAGCAAUCUGUGCAAAAUGCCAAAUUCCCUCGCGCUUUUAAACCAGUUGAUAAUGCUAUUACUGCCUCUUUGGAAUAUGUUAGAUCUGUACAGAGAAGUAUCAGAGAGGCUGAGGGACAGGCUCUCAAGAAGAAGAAAGGCGGUAAACCGUCUGAAAUUGAUGCUUCAAAACCUGUAAGAUUGACGCUAUUAAUAUCUGAGUCUUUCCCAGAAUGGCAAGCAAGCUGCGUGGAAAUCGUUCGUGAACUAUUUUCUCAACAAUCUUUGGAUGAUAACAAGAAGAUUAGGGACAAAAUUUCACCAAAAGAAAUGAAACGUGCAAUGCCUUUUAUCUCAUUGUUGAAGCAAAGAUUAACCACUGAACCAGCAGAAGUCGUUUUCCAAAGGGAGUUAUUAUUUAAUGAAGUUGAGACAGUGAAAGCUACUAAAGCAGUCUUGAAGAAAGCUGCGCAAGGUGUUAAGGUUGAAGAGCUCGUAGCAGUUUCUUUCCCAUAUGGUUCGAAAGUUGGUAAAAAUAUCUUUACCGGUGAAGAGGUUGAAAUUCCGGCGCUUGCAAAGAUCGUGGAUAACGCCGUCCCUGGUAAUCCAGGAGCAUAUAUGCAAAACAUCUAG